GAAGCUCCUUGCGAGUCUCACCAACGACAUUUGGUGUCAUUUCGCGCCAAUCCAUCACGCAGCCCGACGCUUAUUCCAAGACGCGGCUACGGCGUGGAAGAGAAUAUUGGCCGAAAAUCUUAUUUGUAUGACUUUUGUUAAUCUUUCGCGAUAACGCGCCAUGUCCUUGCCUGGCUUAGGCCGCGCUGGUUCUAGCCUCGAAGCGACACCAUCCAGAGGUGGUACGCCGCAACGAAAUCAAGGCAUCCCAGGUCUUGCAUUUGGCGCCUCUGGAAUAAGUGACGCAGGCUCUAGGGCUGCUUCCCAAGCACUUGGCACGUCGCGGCAGCCUAGCGAAGGCGCCGCUGUUAAUCAGACCGCCCCAGCAGCAGUCAUGCCAGACACAAGCUUUGACAUGGAAGAUGGCGAGAUUAGUGAAGAUUUCGAGGAUCUGUACGAUACUGAUGAUGGUGAAACGCAACAAGUAGCCAAUGUCCAGCAACCGGCUGAUGGCAACGAAGGAGAGCGCGACCGUUCCGGCUCUUACUCGCCGUAUCUGUCCUCUCGCGAAGUUGACACACCCCCUUCAAACCAUAAUUCACCAACCAAGCUGCAAAGUGCGGCAAAGUUACAUGAAGAUGCUACCACUAAAGCCAAGGCUAUGUUUGACGGAUCCAAGGUAGAAGCACAGACCGCCAUUCUUCGUCUCAAUCAUGCCAACGUUUCGUACGUUGACUUUAUCAAAGAAGGCAUAGACAGCAAGAUCCUCAGCUCUCUUUUCAGAGAACUUGGAAUUGAGAUACCAGCACCGCCCACCGCUACUGCUGUACCGAAAGCUACUGUUACUCCGAAAAUGCCUACACUAGCCCAGACGGUAAAACCGGCGCCAGCAAAAAAUGACAAGCAGAAUACGGAUGGUGCAGAGUCGCGCAAGGACCGAAUCGCUAGGCUGCUUGCAGAGAAGAAGAAGGAUGGUAAUACGAAGCCACCACCACCACCACCACCAUCCACCGCGCCAAAAGCCCAAUCGGCAAAGUCUUCUGAGAAGUCUAAGUUGCUGCAACAGAAAAUGGAAGCUCUCAUUAAGGCUCGAGAAGCUCUCCAGAAUGAUCGCGGCAAGACUGACAAAUCCUCUGAAUAUGAGGGAGAAGCGUCGAAUCAAGAAUCGGACAGACAAGACGACACCCGCAAGCGACACGCUUCUGCGAUACAAGAAGACAGCAGCAAGUUACCGUCAAAGCGCCCCUUUGGUGAAAAUAGGACCUCCCGUCCUCUCCUCAUUGAUGUUAGUGAGGACGAAGAUGAGGAGAUGGUGAAGGAUAUGUUGGACCAUCCUAGUCAUCGUGUCGAUGGUGAUCGCUCGAAUCAGGGGCUUUCAUCAUCAGCCCAAACGCCGUUAAGCGGCCAUGGAGCCCCAUCUGAUAACGAAGAGCUGUUGAGCAUGAACAAGAAGAUUGAGGCCAUGAAACAACGAAUCGCUGAAGCUGAAGCGAGGAAGAAGGCUAGAGACUUACUAAACGAAGUGUCUGAUCUCUACCAACCCCCGCAUUCAACCACUGAUUCAACUGCCCCUUCAACAUCUGCGACUCCUGACAUCAAGUCUCCACAGAUGACGACAAAGAAAUCAGUGGAUUCUUCUCCUAAGAGCUUAGAUCGCCGGGAGCGAGCUACCAGCGAGAAGGCUGCAGCCGCUGAAGCUCAUCGCAAGGAAAAACAACUGAGACUUCAGCUUCUUCAAUCGCAAGUUGCUUUGUUGCAAAAGGAAAUUGACGAUGGUGAGGAUGAAGCCGAAGCAGACGAAGAGGACGACGACGACGAAGAAGACGACGACGACGACGAAGAAAAUGAGGAACAAGACAGCGCUCGUGAGCCAAAGUCUGAAACAGAAGUACCCCAGCAGCAGACACUCGUGUCUAAUGCUGGCAAUGCUGCCGGAGAAGAAGUGGCAACCACAGAGGCUGCUGAAGACAGCAGCGAAGAAUCAGAAGAAUCAUCUUCGUCUGAUGAGGACGACGGUGAGCCCGAUGAUGAUGCUGUUGAAGAAGGAGGCGGUGACUCGGUCGUACCCACAGAUGCCAAUGAUACAGCUCCUGUAUCUGCUGACUCGGACGUGGACAUGGAGUCUAGCGACCAGCUAGUAAAAGAAUCUGAUGAAAUUGAGCCAGAGGAUACGUCUUCUCAAGCAGAGAUGAUUGAUGCUGACACCGACGGUGCUGGUGGCGACACGGAGGCAUUGGCUGGAUCAGAGACGAUUCUUUCGUCUAGGCAAAUACCAUCUGCAAGCCGUGACCACAGCGCCGAACCUGCGAGAGAAGUACACGAAGAUGCUACCCACGACAGCACCAAGUGACGAGCUGACAUUCGGUUAGGAGGAGGAACCGACACUGUCGAUGCCAUCUGGGUCAAGCUUCGCGCCAUACGAGACCCCCCUACACUACUUUCGAGCAUACCGUUUCCACCCCGAGUACCAGCGUAAUGUGACGACCGGGCUACGCUCUCUGACAUAUAGUAACAAGAUUGACGUAAAGACUCCCAUGUGCCCCGAUGAAACCGCUGGGCGGCCCUGUCCUCGCGGUACAGAAUGUGACUUUCAGCACUUUACAACUCUGCAAGCUCCAGAUGAUCAAAUCCUGCUUCAGCUUGGCGCGUACGAAGGGCUCGCAGCAAGCGAGAAGGAAGAAUACAUUGCAGGCCUCAAGGCACUGUUGACUGACUUCCGAAACCGUAAAGUCAAAGACUUUGACACGAUCAGCCAAGGCAUUGUCGAGUACCGCACCAAGUUCCAGAACGACAAGAGCAAGAUUCUCCCACUGGGAGACGUCUCUAUCUAAAGCUGCAACUAUUUCGUAGAACUCUUUCCAUGUCUCCUCGUCUUGCAACAAGCGAAGGCUCUAGGAUGUACUGAACAAGAUACCCCCCACACUGUAUACACAUUUUUUACACCCCUUGCUGGCUAGCAGGGCACGAUGAAAAGCAUUUGCAUUUGCAUGGCUAUUGAUAGAUUUGGUUGGCUGAAUAAACGACAUUAAUAUGAAUGAUCUUUUUUUCUCCCGUGUUUCUAGUACUACUACGCAUUUCGUGAUAAUUUAUAUGGUGAUUGUAUUCAAAAACAUGCUAUUAGAGGGAUCAAACUUGAACUACUUCUUGUUCUUCGACGUUUUUGAUCGAGACCGUGGUGAUGGUGGUAGUUCUGCCUUUACAAUCUCUGCCUUGUCCACUGCGCUACUCGUCACGCCGCUCAGCGCGCUGGAGGUGGGAACGUUAAUCCCACCUUUUCCAUCGACGCUCCAAGCAACUGACCGACGUACGCCUUGGCCGCGAAGUUUCGCUUCAUCUUGAGAUUCUGUAAUUGAUCCGGAAAAAGGAACGUGGUCCUGAAGCCGCUCUCUUGCAAUGUGUGGCUUUGAACCGGCGUCGGUUGCGACUGUGGACGCAUCCGAUUCGCUGCCCUGGUGGGCUUGGGCCAGCGAGUAGCCUGAACCUACGAGUGACUCGCUUCGGACCAUAUAGUAGCGAUCAUAUUCCUCAACUGUAUGUUCGGCGUCUGUGAAGCUGUCUAGAGCAUCGAACACGUGCUGGAAAACCUGGGUGUCAACAUCGCGGGCCCAGAGGAAGUCGAGGUGUUCGUAAUGGGGGAUUUCUGUGGCCACAGUCUGGCGUGGUAGCUCAGAGAGCAUAGCCUUGAUAUCCACGAGCGAGUCGCUGCCACCGUAAACCAAUACAACGGGUGUGCGGAUGUUGCGCGUAGGGUACUUGGCUACCUUGGAGAACUUCUUCGUGGUGGCGACUGUCAUGGGCUGGUGGACGUCAUCAUCGUACAGCUGGAAGCAUUUGUUGCGGAUGAUUUGGAACCAGUGGACAACAGACUUGGUGCUGGUGAAGGAGUAGAGGUGAGGGUAGGCGGCAAGCUUUUGGUUCGCGGCAAUGUUCUUGGUUUUCCAGUUAAAGAGGAAGCUCAGGCCCAUGUCGAUGACACGGCAGAAAAUAGGCGGAUAGAGAAUCGUUUCCCACAUGGUAGCAGAGGAUAGAAUAGACCGGCGACCAAACAUGAGGUAGAGGAAUGAGGGUGAAGCUUUCAUGAGGGCGUCGACUACACCGUUCGAUAGACCGGCGGGAGCCAUGGCAGGGGCCAAGCCGAUGAAGACAUUGACUUGGUUGUUGAGCUUGGGGUGGAUGGCGAGGGUGGCAAAGGCCUGCGCAGUACCCUGGGAAAAGCCAACAUAGGAAAGGCUCUCUUGUUGAGUCGACUCCAGAAUAUAGGAGAUACUGUCGGGAAUGUCAUGAAAAGCAAACUCGUCAAUCGAAAAGUCCCAAAACUUGACUGAGGUUGGCGAAGUAUGGAUCGACUUUUUGGAGUACUUGUUACCGCGGUUGUUGCCAAACCAGACAUCAAAGCCGCGCUCUACAAGCUCAAAUGCAAGGCAUCGCUGCUGGUCAGUGAGGCAGACCCAAACCUCGGAAUUCAUCAGCAGGCCAUGGUGCAAGUACGCGACACGCUUUCUAAUACUGUUUCCGCCGCAGUUGACCUUUUGGCCCUCUUCGCCACGCUUCCACUGCAAGCGAUGCAGGCCCAGUAAAUAUCCAUCUUUUGUUUGGACAAUAUGUUCUUCGGCUUCGUAGCCCCAGAGGCGACAGAGCU